AUGCCUCGAAAGUGUUGUGUUACUUCAUGCUCGUCUAACUAUGACAAAAAUAAUGAAAAAUACGUAUCUGUUUAUCGUUUACCUAAAGACAAAGAUAAUCGUUUGCGUUGGAUAGCUGCAAUUCCAAGAGAUAAUAUCCUUGAUUCAAAAUAUACUGUGGUAUGCACUAAACAUUGGCCUGAAAACGUCGAUUUGAUAAUGAGUAAUGGUAAGAAACGACCAAAUGUACCUCCAACAAAAUUUCAUAACGUUAAUUUGAGUCAAAUUUCAACAGCACCAGCAAAAGGACGUAAAACAACUCGAACAAGUUUUUCAGAGAGAAAUAUUCAAGAGGAUGAAAUGAGCAGUUUUAAUGAUGCUGAUAACUUAGAAUUCAGUGACAUUAUGAUAUAG